AUGGCUUCCAAGAGAAGAUCUUGUAAAAAUAAACCCGACGUAUUUUGCUAUAUCUGCGGUGAAUACACACUUGUUCAUAACAGGAAUCAAAAUCUAACAUACGAAGAAUUGGUUACAACAAAUGAUCAAGAUAAACCAUGGGCACCUCAUAGGACAUGUGCAGAAGGACUAAGAAAUUGGAGCAGAGGUUUGAAAACUUUUCUAAGUUUUGGAAUUCCAAUGAUUUGGCGUGAACCCAAAAAUCACACAGACGAGUUGUUACUUCUGCAUGUAUUGAGACCAGUACCUCAUGGGGAUGACAUACCUGUUCCGAUACCAAUCGACAUAGCAAAAGUUUUGCCAGAUGAUGAAUCAAGUUAUGACGAUGUUGAAACUGAUAAAGACACUUUUCUACUUAGCAAUUCAGAUUCUAGAAUUACUGGAAUCACGUUUAAAGGUAUAAAAAAUAUUAAAUUCCCUAAGUUGGUUGAACCAAAUAGAAUGCUCCUGCCUCCUCUUCAUAUUAAACUUAGAUUGAUGAAGCAGUUGUGA